AUGGCAUCAGUAAAUAAAAAUUUUCCACAAAAAUCACUUGAAAUAAAAACAAAAUCAAUUGAAGCAACACUUGUACCACUUGUAACACAAAUUUCGACAUUAGUUAAUUUUAAAGAAAAAUCUCGACCAUCAUUAACAACUAAUGAAAAAACACUUCAUGCUAUUAGUAGAGUAGGAGAUGCUGUACAUAUGGCAGUUGAACGUUUUGUUUCUGUCGGAGAAUCAAUUGCUAAUGAAAAUCCUGAAAUAAAAUCUGAUUUAACUGAUGCAUGUCGUGAAGCUCGAUCAGCUGGUGAAACAAUAAAACGAAUAACUUGUAUCGAAUAUGAUACAUUUGGAAAACCAGUUUGUAUUACUGAUAGACAAAGUAUGAUACAAGCUGCACGUAGUUUAUUAAAUGCUGUAACACGUGUUUUAUUACUUGCUGAUAUGGUUGUUGUUAAACAAAUAAUUUCUAUUAAGAAAAAAGUUAUAUCGACAUUAAAUCGACUUGAAACAGUAGGAUCUUUUUCGGAAUUUAUUAAAUUAUUUGGAGUCUAUGGAAGUCAAAUGAUUGAAUUAGCACAUUUAACAGGUGAUCGACAAAAUGAUUUAAAAGAUGAACGACGUCGAUCUCAACUUUCAGCUUCUCGAACUAUUCUAGAAAAAUCUACAAUGCUUAUAUUAACUUCAUCAAAAGCAUAUCUUCGUCAUAUUGAAUGUAUUCAUUCUCGUCAAUGUCGAGAUCUUGUUUAUGAUCAAAUUCGUCGUGCACUUGAUAUGGUUGGAUUAAUAGUUUAUGAUUCGGGUUCGACAACACAAACAACUACUCCUACACUUACACUUCUACUUACUAAAGAUGAAAUUAAUUUUGUUAAAUCAUUAAGACAAUUUGAAUAUGCAAUUGAAAUGUUAAAUGUUUCAGUAACAUCAUCAACUAAAGAACAACUUGAACAAUUAUGUAAUAAAACUAUUGAUAAUAGUCAAGAUUUUUCUGAUUCAAUUUAUAUAAGUAUUGAACAACGAGAAAAAUUACUUGAAUAUCAUAAAAAAUUACAAGAACAACUUGCUGAUAUUAUUAAAAUUAUCACAGAUAAUCAUGAUAUUGGAUCUUCAUUAAAAAAUGAUGUUCUUUCAUUAUCUAUUCAAUCAAUUCAAGAAUUAGCACGUGAUUUUCGAAAAUAUUUAGAACAAAUGGCUAUGUAUCGUGCAUCAGAAUUUUUUCGAACACAUGAUGAAAAUGUUCUACUUAAUGAACUAAAAACAUAUUCAUUAACUGCUCGAUUAGAUUUAUUACAAGAAUCAAUCGAUCGUUUUCGUGAACAAGCUGACAUUGCUAUUGAGUUAAGUAAACUUUUGAAACAUAUUAGUUCAUGUGAUCAAUUACAAGUAUCAAGUGAAUAUCAUGAUACAUUAUUUCAAAAUUUAUCAAAUAUGAUCAUUGCAUCAUCACAAUCUGUUGCUGCACAUGGAACUAGUCGAGUACCAAAAGAAAAUCUCGAUGUUCUCUGUCGUUUUUGGGAACAACAAAUAAAUGAUUUUUCAAUUCUUGUUAAAGAAAUUCAAGAUGUUAUUGAAGGUCGUGGUGAAAAAACAGUUUAUUUAUCAUUACCAAGACCUGGUAAACAUGGAACAACAUCAAAAACUGGUUUUAAACCAACAAAACUUGAUUCUGAUGAACAAGCUAAAAUUGCUAAAGCUGGUCUUGAAAUGAAAUUAAUUACAUCAGAAAUGGAUACUGAAGCUGAAAAAUGGGAUGAACCACAAAAUGAAAUAGCUAAACGUGCAAAAAAUAUGUCAUCAAUGGCAUUUUCUAUGUAUUUAUUUACUCGAGGCGAAGGAACUUUACGUACAACACAAGAUUUAUUUACACAAUCAUAUUAUUUUGUUGAAGAAGGUGCUCGUUUAUCAGCUAUUAUUCAUGAAUUUGCUAAUCAAAUACCAAAUAAAAAUGCUCGACAAGAUAUUUUAACACAAUUAGAAAGAAUACCAUUAAUGUGUCAUCAAUUAAAAUUAAAAUUAAAAACUUCUGUUUCAGGAAAAAAUUCAACAUUUGCAAAAGUUGAUACUGUUAUAUGUGAAACACGAGAUUUAAUGAAUGCAGUAACUCGUUUAUGUACAAAUGUUUUUGUUUGUCAAUCAAAAUAUAAUAUUGUUGAUUAUCGUUCUAUAUCAAAUAAUCAUAAUUAUUCACGACCAUCAUUAUCAUCUAGUAAAUGGCAUCGAAAAACACCUAUGGAACGAGAUGAUCGUAUGGAAUCAAGAUCUGAACGUACAAUACGUUCAUCAUCAUUACAACGACCAUCAACUUAUUUACCAGACUUUGAUUGUAUAUAA